GUAAUAACCCGUGGGGAAAAAAAUGCUGUUGAACAGGAGGAAGGCAAAAAGAUAGGUGGGUUGUUUUUUGUUUUUUGUUUUUUCUUUCCUUUUUCCAAUGCUGCGACGCAUUUACCCGGCUGCUAUUGGGACGUUCUCUGCUUAGCCUAUUGGCUGAGCCCAGGAGCCGCUGUCUGCCAAUCCGGUGGAGGAAGGCAGACAAAUCUACCCCGCCACCAGCAAAAAAAACGGCGCGUAACCCUUGCGGCGCCGGCCCAGCCGCGCCAGAGCUGGCGCGGGGAAAGGGAGAUAGGUGUCUCCAGCUGCUGUGGCCGUUCGGGGCGGGUCGGCUUCUUCGGCUUCUCAGGACCAGAUAGAGAACUAGUGGGCGGCAGCAAUGCUCCGCAAGGUGAGAAGCUGGGUAGAAAUCUGCCGGGGGACUCCCCUUUUGUUCCUUUUUUGCCACCUGGGUUACGUUUGUGGGCAGAUCCGAUACCCGGUCCCAGAGGAGUCACAGGAAGGGACUUUUGUAGGGAAUGUCGCCCAAGAUUUCCUGCUGGAUGCAGAGAGCUUGGCAGCUCGCAGGCUGCAGGUCGCUGGAGAGGUGAACCAAAGACACUUCCGUGUGGAUUUGGACAGCGGUGCCCUGCUCAUCAAGAAUCCAAUCGAUCGAGAGGCACUGUGUGGGCUCAGUGCCAGCUGCAUCGUGCCCCUGGAGUUUGUAACAGAAGGGCCUUUGGAAAUGUACCGAGCAGAGGUAGAAAUCGUGGAUGUGAAUGAUCACGCCCCCCGAUUUCCUCGGCAGCAGCUGGACUUGGAAAUUGGGGAGGCAGCUCCUCCAGGACAGCGUUUCCCCUUGGAAAAGGCUCAGGAUGCAGAUGUGGGGAGCAACUCCAUCAGCAGCUAUAGACUAAGCUCCAAUGAACACUUUGCACUGGAUGUCAAGAAGCGCAGCGACGGCAGCCUGGUCCCAGAGCUGCUCCUGGAGAAGCCUUUGGAUCGGGAAAAGCAAUCAGACUACCGCCUAGUGCUGACUGCUGUGGAUGGAGGGAACCCCCCGAGAUCUGGCACAGCGGAGCUCCGGGUGUCAGUGCUGGACGUGAAUGACAACGCCCCAGCCUUCCAGCAAUCCAGCUACAGGAUUAGCGUUUUGGAGAGCGCGCCAGCCGGCAUGCUGCUCAUCCAGCUCAAUGCCUCUGACCCAGACCUGGGUCCCAGUGGUAACGUCACCUUUUCUUUCAGUGGUCACACCCCUGAUCGUGUGAGAAAUCUCUUUAGCCUGCACCCCACUAAUGGAAAGCUUACCCUUCAGGGGCCCCUAGACUUUGAGAGCGAGAAUUACUAUGAAUUUGAUGUUCGGGCUCGAGAUGGGGGUUCUCCAGCCAUGGAGCAACAUUGCAGCCUUCGGGUGGAUCUCCUGGAUGUAAAUGACAAUGCCCCCCACAUCACAGUGACCUCAGAGCUUGGGACUCUCCCUGAGAGCGCAGAACCUGGCACUGUGGUGGCGCUCAUCAGUGUGCAGGACCCCGACUCAGGUUCCAAUGGAGAUGUGAGCCUCCGUAUUCCUGACCAUUUGCCCUUUGCCCUCAAGUCUGCCUUCAGGAACCAGUUCUCCCUGGUGACUGCUGGGCCCUUGGACCGAGAGGCCAAAUCCAGCUAUGAUAUCAUGGUCACUGCUUCUGAUGCUGGGAGCCCUCCUCUGAGUACCCACAGGACCAUUUUCCUCAAUAUUUCAGAUGUGAAUGAUAACCCACCCUCUUUCUUUCAGAGGUCACAUGAAGUAUUUGUUCCAGAGAACAAUCGCCCAGGGGACCUGCUUUGCUCCCUUGCAGCCUCUGAUCCAGACUCUGGCUUGAAUGCACUUAUCUCCUACUCUCUCCUAGAGCCCAGAAAUCGAGAUGUGUCAGCUUCCUCCUUCAUCUCUCUGAACCCCCAGACGGGAGCUGUUCAUGCUACUCGAUCCUUUGACUAUGAGCAAACACAGACACUGCAGUUUGAGGUGCAGGCCCGGGAUCGGGGCAACCCACCCCUUAGUAGCACCGUGACAGUUCGUCUAUUUGUACUGGACCUCAAUGACAAUGCGCCAGCUGUGCUCCGCCCUAGAGCCCGACCUGGUUCCUUAUGUCCACAAGCACUGCCUCCAUCAGUUGGUGCUGGACACCUAGUUACAAAGGUGACCGCUGUGGACUUGGAUUCGGGUUACAAUGCUUGGGUUUCAUAUCAGCUCCUGGAGGCCCCAGAUCCCAGCCUGUUUGCAGUCUCCCGCUAUGCUGGGGAGGUGCGGACGGCUGUUCCCAUCCCAGCUGAUCUCCCGCCGCAGAAGCUGGUCAUUGUGGUAAAGGAUAGUGGUAGCCCACCACUCUCUACCUCCGUUACUCUCCUGGUGUCCUUGGAAGAAGACACUCAUCCAGUUGUCCCUGAUCUUCGAGAAUCUUCAGCUCCAAGGGAAGGAGAAUCCCGCUUGACCCUGUACUUGGCUGUAUCUCUAGUGGCAAUUUGCUUUGUCUCCUUUGGCUCAUUCGUGGCACUAAUCUCAAAGUGCCUGCGUGGGGCUGCCUGUGGAGUGACCUGCUUUCCUGCUGGCACCUGUGCCUGUCUCACCCGAUCUCGAAGGAGAGAGGGGCUUCCUCCUUCCAAUGGGAUCCUCCGAAUCCAGCUAGGGUCAGAUGAUCCUAUCAAGUUUGUUGAUGUGGGCGGCCACUCUCAUGGCUGUACACCCUUGGCUUCUGCACCCACUCGGAGCGAUAGCUUCAUGAUGGUGAAGUCACCCAGUGCACCUAUGGCAGGGGAACCUGUUCGCCCAAGUUGCCCACCCUCUGAUCUUCUCUAUGGGCUAGAGCAAGCCCCGCCCAACACGGACUGGCGUUUCUCUCAGGCCCAGAGACCCGGCACCAGCGGAUCCCAAAAUGGCGAUGAAACCGGCACCUGGCCCAACAACCAGUUUGACACAGAGAUGCUGCAAGCCAUGAUCUUGGCCUCCGCCAGUGAAGCCGCUGAUGGGAGCUCCACCCUGGGAGGGGGUGCCGGCACCAUGGGCUUGAGUGCCCGCUACGGACCACAGUUCACCCUGCAGCACGUGCCCGACUACCGCCAGAACGUCUACAUCCCCGGCAGCAAUGCCACUCUGACCAACGCAGCUGGCAAGCGAGAUGGCAAGGCCCCGGCAGGUGGCAACGGCAACAAGAAGAAGUCGGGCAAGAAGGAGAAGAAGUAAUGCGGAGGCCAGGCCUUGGAGCCACAGGGCAGCCUCCCUCCCCAACCAGCCCAGCCUCUCCCUAGCUGUGCCCAGGCCUCGGAUUUUCAGGGCUCACCCCCAGGAUACUGGUAGGGGCCCAGGCCAUGCUCCCCUUGGGAAACAGAAACAAGUGCCCAGUCAACACCCCCCUUCUGCCCCCAGGGGAUUGAAUAUGCAAAGGGAGUUCUGCUGGGAACCCCCAUCCAAUCAAUUGCUGUGCCCAUGGGGGUAGUGGGUUAGUGUAGACACCAUUUAUCACACCCCCUUCAGCUACAGCUGAACUCCUCCAUCUUCCAAAUUCAAUCAGGCCCAUCCAUCCCCUGCCUCCCUCCUCCCCGACCCACCCCACCCGCCUCCUCAGCAGCUCCUCUUUCUUAAGUUGUUUGGGGGUGUUGAGGUACCUGGUGACCUAAAAAGGCUCAUAGUUCUGAAGAGUUGGAAGGGCAUCAUGACCUCUUGGCCUCUCCUUCAGUUCUCAGACUUCCCCCAAAGCAUGGUUUGGUGCCAAUCCCUUCACCUCCUUCCAGGACCUGAGACCAAGCUCAAGUUUUGGGAGAUAUGGUCACCAUUCCCAUGGUACUGAUGCUUGCUGGAUUUAGGGAGGGCAUUUUGCUACCAUGCCUCUUCCCAACACCCUGGGGACCAGUCUUCUGUUUUGUUUUUCAUUGUUUGAUGUUCCCACUGCAUGCUGUGACUUCCCCCUCCCCAAACAAGAGACUUCAUUGCAUGUUCUAAGACAGUAUGGGGUGGUAAGAUAAAGAAGGGAAGGGUGCGUGUGUGUGUGUGUGUGUGUGUGUGUGUGAAUGGGGGGAUGGACAAAGCUUGAUCCAUCAGUUAACAGGGUCUUGCAGGAGGCUCUGUAUGCCCCCAGGGUACUGACCAGAUCCCCAAAUUCCAGCCAUAAGCCAAGCACCAGGCUGGGCCCUCAUCUGUCAUAUACAGGGCAGCCCGGGCAGCCAGCGGUGGGCUGAGCUACGGGCACCAAUGGAUUUAAACUGGCAUUAUGGUCCAAGGAAGCUCCGAGCAGGUUUGGGACCAGGUCCCCUGGAGAGGUCAGAGGGGCCUCUGUGGGUGCUGGGUACUCCAGAGGUGCUGCUGGUGGAAGGAUCAGUGUGGCCCCAGCAGGAAGGGAGGGCCAGCUAGACCAUUUUUGGUCCCUGGGUUGGGAAGGAAAGGAGCUAGAGCAGGGACCAAGUGGAAAGUGUCAGCCCAGGAUCAGGGCUUCUCCACAGGGCCCCUGCAUCCAGCAGCCCCAGUCCUUCACCUCGACAGGUGCCAUUGCUUCUCUGUGAAGGCCACUGCCCAGGCCCCCAGUCCGCCCCCUCGUGGCCAGAGCCUGGUUAAAGUCCCCCAGUGCCUCCUUGUGCAUAGACCUUCCUCUGCCCACCCCUUCUGCCCCCGGCGUCCAGUUCACGCAGAGGGGCUUCGCGAGAACCCCACCCCGGCCCUUGCAGUGGUGUAGAGCCCCCCCCCCCCCUCUUUCGGCUGGUGUAGAAUAGCCAAUAGUGUAGUGCGGCGUGCUUUUCCAUAAUGGCGAGUGGGCCGCGGGCGGCGGGCUCCGCGCAGCCGUCUGUCCCCGAAUCUGCCUGCGGCGGCCCGUGCUGUGUUUUGUGCUGUGUCCACGCGCUGCGGCGACCCCCUCCCGCGUCCUGACUCCUCUAAGCGCUUCUCUCUGCAUAGUCACGUAGCUCCCCACCCCACCCCCUUCCUGUGUCUCACGCAAGUUUUAUACUCUAAUAUUUAUAUGGCUUUUUUUCUUUGAAAAAAAUUAAAAGAUUUCUUCUGAAAGGUU